AUGACAAAUAUUAGUUCUAAAUAUGUUCGUUUAGCGUACACUACACCGCCAGCAGCAAUAGUUGCGCUUUUAGUUCAAGCCUACAGACUGCCUGUGCCAGACUUCAUUUUAUCGCUGAAUACCAGUGGCAUCGACGCCGACGCUCGUUCGCAUGCUGGCUCAAAUGUUUUGGUUACAACAUCAGCGAUUAAUAGUGCUGCAGUUGCAUUAGCUGGUAGGGCACUGAAUACUGACGAUAGCAGCCAAGCCACAGUACCAUGUCUUGGCUUCGGUAGUUGGACACACACAGCAGCAAAUGAUCAAUUAAGACAAGAAUUAACCAGUUCGAAUGUCACGAAUAAUUGCAUUAAAACCAUGUCUGAAAGCUUGCAUCAGAAAACAGGUGAAUUAGCGGAAACACUUGGUAGUAUUUACGACAAACUCAUAGCAUAUCAGGAAUAUCUAAAUGUUAAAAGUGACGAUUUACAAUGGAACGAGAAAGUAAAGCAAAAGAGAGAUGACCUUCAGAAUGAAGCUGAAAGGAGAUUACAAAAAUUAACUAUUAUACCGAGGGAAGAUACAAUCGACGAGACAAAUCAAAAUAUUGAAAUCUAUUUAAAAGAAUUAGUCAUGAGAGAACAUUUAGUCACAGUAUACAGUUCAGAUAGACCAGAUGAUAGUUUAGAAGAUGCAAUAUACAGUGCCUUUCUAAAGAAAUCGAAGUGGAAGAUCAUGGAACACACAGACGACUAUGAUUUGUUCCAUCGUUCAAUGGCAAAAGCAUUACUUUGGACUAUUAUAUGGAGUGAUAUUGAUUAUGCCAGGGCGAAUAUUCUACACGAUAGUGUUACCGCUGACAACCCUGUGUUUCAAACCAUACGCUUUCUGGUUAAAAUUCUAAUGCUACGUGCAUUGCCGGAAGCUUUACGACGUAAUAAUUGGCGUUUUGUAGCGCUGUUGGUAGAAAAUGGAGCUUCCUUUGAUGGGUUGAAUAACAGUGAUAUUAAAAUAAUUUUCGAGUCAACAAAGAAUGUCGAUGCGUUGCCGUUAAAAAAGUCUUUUAAUGAUAAAAUCGAAUUAAGUUAUGAAUACCACUAUUAUUAUCUUCAGGGUUAUUUUACUGACGUGGAGCAUUCAUCAGCACAUGAAGAGAAUAUGGAGAAACUCUUCCUGUGGUUUAUCUAUAUGAACUAUCCAAAUAUGGCUAAAUAUAUCUGUUUCAGGUGCAAAAAUCCAACUGUAGCCUGCCUGCUAGCCUCGAAGAUUUACCGUCGUGCUGCACAUCUAGAUACGCAGAGAAAAGAAAUUUUUACUCACAUUUCAAAAGAUUUUGAUCGAUAUGCAGCUGGUAUUAUUGAUGAAUGUUUUCGAAUUGAUCAAGAUUUUGCAACUGAAUUACUACACUCCAAUGCAGUUGCAUUUUACAAUUGCAUAGCAAUAAAUAUAGCUCGUGAAGCUGACUGUCAAGCGUUUCUGGCAUCAGAAACCGUACAAAAAGAUGCGACUAAACGCUGUACACCCGAUGACGACAAAGUAAUGCGACCCUGGACCAAAUUUCGUUAUUUUUAUGAAGCGCCUGUUGUCCGUUUUUAUUAUCAUACGGCAUGGGAUGCAUUCUAUAUCUUUGUUUGUUUCAUAUUAAUAUUCUUAUUUGCCUUCUCAAUCACAGCUUGGUCAUUACUAACGGCAACAUCUCAAGUCACUUGGGCAUAUACAGAGAAUGGCACGUUGUAUAACGUCACUGUCAGUGGAGAUGGUGGCCCUUUAUGGAGUUGGGAACUUCUUAGAGAUGUACCAAAUUGGGGCCUAUGGAAAAUCGUUGGACAGAUCGACGAGCCGUACGAUAAUAACACGAAUUUGGGUCAAUCGUGUCAAAUGCGACACGAGAAGGAAAUAGCAGAAGAAUAUUGGAAGAAAAUUUUGAUGACAGUGGACGGCAAAAACAUGUCGCCAAAGCCAAACCAGAUCGACAAAGACAUGCAAGCCGUCAUCCAAGGAGUUGUGAAAGGACCACUUGAACCGUUGUUUGACGAGCAACAAGGGACAAGUCGACGUUCUUCUGUGCUUCAAACUAAAGAACAGGACUACCAAAUACCUCACAAUGAGCAGACGGCACAUCGUAGUCUACGAACAUCUUCAAACGAUAUUCCCUGA